AAACUUUACACUUGGCACAAUGCAGUCAGGCAAGUACUGUCCUCCUGGCAACCACCAAACCCAGACAUGUCCAUUGGAUUGCCAGACAGAGAAACGUGAGAAGCGUGACUCCAGAGAACAUGUCUCCACUGCUCUAGAGUCCAGUGGCAGCGUGCUUUACACCACGGCAUUCAACGCUUUGCAUUGCAUUUGCUAUUGACUCUGGCGACUUCUGCGCACUGUGCGCUUCAGCAUGCGCUGACCCCGCCCUGUCAUGUGACGUGGCCUACCACUUGGUGGCUGAGUUGCUGUUGCUCCCAGUUGCUUCCACUUUGUUAGAAACCCACUAACAGUUGAGCGUGGAAUAUUUAGUAGCCAGGAAAUGUCCCUUCUGUUGAUGACGGAACACAGCUUCUGGUGAUGACGGGACACACCUGUUAUUGA